CGGAGUUUCGUAACUAGUCAGCCCGUUGUUUUAUAAUUUCUGCCUUGUAUAUAUGCCUUGCCACGCACGGUCUCAGAUUCCCAACAUUGAUGAGAAGACUAAGCAAAACUCAGACCGCGUAGCGCGACAAUAUGAACAGAAACUUCAGAAGAAUGGCAGCCGCAACACCAGCGCCCGAAAGUCAGAUUGUAUCUGCGGAGAUAGUUUCUGGACUUUUGCUUACCGUUGUAUAUCGAGUCAUUUCCAAGAACAUUCUUCCACAGGAACUUUCUCUGUCUGUGGGGCAAAUUCGGAUGGAUGCGGAACCCUUUGAACUGUCCCGGUCUUUGGUUUGUGUGUGGCUCGCCAGCAACGUGAAAUUUCUGCUGUUUAAAAGUAACUCAGCAUUUUCUUUGACUGACCACUCCACCUCCAGACUCUUGGCAUCAUUGGCCUUGCUCAUGGGCACUUGUUGGGGAGCUGGAACCUGGGGUGUCACUUCAAACUAUGUGCCGGUGCUGGACCUGGUGGUGUUCUCCAGCUUCUUCCUGAGCUCCUUUGUCCUAAUGGCUCUGGACCACAAGGAGCAGGGGAGCGUGAGCCCGCUGGUGGUGGUGGACGUAAGGGUCAUCUUCAGCGACGCCCAGCGCUUCUUUCUCCACAUGGACUUCUUCGCCACCUUCCUCUUCGGCCUGCUCUGGCUGGCCUUCCCUGAUUGGGCGCUCGGCUGCGAGGUGUUGAGUGGUAUGGAUGACGACCUGCAGCUGCACCUGACCCGGGCCUUUGGGGCCAUGAUGGUGGGGGACAGCUUUGUCUCGCUCACACGGCCCAAGGCCCAAACCACCACCAAGGACCGAACCACCCGCUUCAGCAGCAGAGCUGUGGGCACCCUGGUGCUGCUGAUCUAUCUGCUCCACUCCCACUUGAUCACAUGCUCCUGGACCUCUGGCCGGGUGUGGGUUGCUGUUGUGGGCGCCGGGCUCUGGGCGGGCAACUCUGUAAUGGGCUACCUCAGCACCAGGAGAGCUGCCGCGCUCCCCAGGACACCCUCUCAGAAGGAGCAGUGA